AUGGCCGAAGUUCCUCCAGAGCGAUUCACUUCCCAAUUCAAAGGGACAUCCUCUCUUUUUAACCAAGUCCCUGCAAAGGAGUCGCAAGAUGACACAAAAGCGCCUUUACCAAAAGGCGUAGUCCUGGACAAAGAUGGCAAGCCCUGCCGAACCUGUACCUCCGUCGCCUCAUGGCGCGCCCUGACUAAACAAGCAAAAGCCGAGUCCGCCGCACCCUCAGAUACAUCUCCUCUAUCCUCCUCAACCGACAAAAUGACUACAGCUACAACUCCCCUAGCUGCUGCCGCUUCACCAGCUGCGCCAUCCACACCAGCGGAAUGUCCACCCGAUGUGGAGGAGCUGGGUCGCUCAACCUGGACACUCUUGCACACAAUGGCUGCGACGUACCCCGAGAAAGCGGAUAUUCAGCAACAGAACGAUAUGCAGGGAUUCUUGAAAUUCUUCUCACGAUUGUACCCGUGCUGGGUUUGUGCGGAUGAUUUCAAGACAUGGAUGGCUCACCCCAGUGGACGUAAUCAGCCGAAGUUGAGUGGACGGAAGGAGUUUGGGUGGUGGAUGUGUGAGGCGCAUAAUGAGGUGAAUCGGAAGUUAGGGAAGAAGGAGUUUGAUUGUCGGUUCUGGGAGGAGAGGUGGCGCACUGGUUGGAAGGAUGGUCGGUGUGAUUGA